UACAAACUCUUAUCCUUCCUCCUUCUCCUUAUCUUACAACAUACAUAUUUAUAUACUUAUCUACACACUUCUCCUUUUCCAGUUAUUCUUUCCACAACAAAACCCAAACAAUGUUUACACUCUCUCUCUCUCUCUACCACCAAAAUCUAAAUUUCUUCUCUCACCUUCAAUCUCCUUCCUUAGCUUACACCUUCUGCAAAUGGGGUCCUCUCAUUCUCACGCUUCUCGCCACCCUUCUCAUUCUCCGCUUCCGCCAGACCACCACUUCCAUCCCUCUCAUCACCGCCGAUUAUGAUUACUCUGAUGCCGAAGAUGACGACCACGAUGACGCGGCAUCUUCAACAUCGGAGCUCGAAGACGACCAAGAAGAAGAAAAACAAGAAGAAAGAACGAACGAGUGUUUCAGAAUGGGAGGUUCUACAAACGACGAUCCUCAGUUCCUACGACGUCCUAGCUUUGGUGAUUUCUUGUCGCUUUCGGAAAUCGCCAACACGAAAAGCGUCGUAAAGUUAUGGGACUCUAUAGGGUUUGGGCUAGGGUUUGACCGUUCAUGUUCUUCCUCCAAUGAAAAUGUGGUGUCCGUUUACCGUGGAGAGCAUGGACUCUGCCCUAAUCAGGCGGUGUUGGUUUCUGCCGGAGAAAAUGCGGCGGGUAAUUUAGCGAUGAGGGUUUGGGACGCGCGGCUCCGACGACGGAUACCGGCGGUGAUGGCGGAGUGGGGUCCGAGCCUUGGAAAGGCCGUUGGAGUUGAAUCGUGCGAAGUACACAAGGUUUUCGUCAGAGAUAACGGCGGUUACGGGAUGACGGUUGGUGACAUCAGAAAAGCGAAGUCGCCGUUGGAAAAGGUAAGGGAUUCACACUGGAUCUGUGAUGGCCAAAUUCAUUCAUUAUAAAAAUUUAAAUAUUAUAAAUUAUUUAUUUGUACAGCAUUUUCUCUCAUGUACAGGAGCAAUGGCAAUAAAAUUUAUUUAUCUAUAAGAUUUUGCAUAA